UCGUACGCCUUCAUUGUCCAAACCUGUGUGGUGUUGUCUUGUGUUGUGUGUGUGUGUGCUCUCUCUCUUCUUCUCAUUCUCUCUCUACCUCCUUCGUCUUCUCGUCUCGUUCGUCUCGUUUCUCUUCUCAGGUUUUCAUUCACUCGCACGAAAACUGGUACGAAACGCGAAGAAGAAGAAACCGGAGUCGGAGACAAUGAAGCACACUUCAUCAGAGGCGGUUCCGUCGCUAUCCGCCGCGCCGUCUUUCACGGAGGCGGCGGCGGCGGCGACGUCGUCAUCGUCAUCCUCAGCGGCGGCGGAGGACCUUGUUUUGGGGUCAAGAGACGGUGGCGGCGCGCAGGAGACGGUGGCCGUCGAUCGACGAGGAGAGUACUCCGCCGUGUGCAGAUGGACGGUGCACAAUUUCCCGAGGAUAAAAGCUAGGGCACUGUGGAGCAAGUACUUCGAGGUAGGAGGCUACGAUUGCCGCCUCUUGAUAUACCCUAAGGGUGAUUCUCAAGCUCUUCCAGGUUACAUCUCCAUCUACCUCCAAAUCAUGGACCCUCGCGGCACCUCUUCUUCCAAAUGGGACUGUUUCGCGAGUUAUCGCUUGGCGAUUGUUAACCUCGUUGAUGAUUCCAAGAGCAUUCAUCGCGAUUCAUGGCAUAGAUUCUCUAGUAAGAAGAAAUCGCAUGGUUGGUGUGAUUUCACGCCUUCUUCCACUGUUUUCGAUCCCAAAUUGGGGUAUCUGUUCAACACUGAUUCUGUUUUGAUCACUGCUGAUAUUCUUAUUCUUAACGAGUCGGUUAGUUUUAGUCGCGAUAACAAUGAGUUGCAGUCCUCGUCGUCGUCUUCAUCGUUGUCUUCGAGUUCUUCGGUUGUUGUGGGUCCUGUGAGUGAUGUUUUGAGUGGGAAGUUCACCUGGAAGGUGCAUAAUUUUAGCUUGUUUAAGGAUAUGAUCAGGACACAGAAGAUAAUGAGCCCGGUUUUUCCAGCUGGGGAGUGUAAUUUGAGGAUUAGUGUGUACCAGAGCACGGUGAAUGGGGUUGAUCAUCUUUCAAUGUGUUUGGAGAGCAAGGAUACUGAUAAGACUGCGGCGCUGUCUGAUAGGAGUUGCUGGUGUUUGUUUAGAAUGUCUGUGUUGAACCAGAAGCCCGGUUCGAAUCACACGCAUAGGGACUCAUAUGGUCGGUUUGCGGCUGAUAAUAAGAGUGGUGAUAACACCAGCUUGGGGUGGAAUGAUUAUAUGAAGAUGUCGGAUUUCGUUGGGUCUGAUUCAGGGUUCCUGGUGGAUGACACUGCGGUUUUUAGUACCUCAUUUCAUGUGAUCAAGGAGUUUAGCAGUUUUUCCAAGAAUGGGGCUGUGAUUGCUGGGAGAAGUGGAAGUGGUGCGAGGAAGUCAGAUGGUCAUAUUGGAAAGUUCACUUGGAGGAUUGAAAAUUUCACAAGGUUGAAAGAUUUACUGAAGAAGAGGAAAAUUACGGGUCUUUGUAUCAAGAGCCGGAGGUUUCAGAUUGGUAAUAGGGAUUGUCGCCUUAUUGUGUAUCCACGAGGGCAGUCUCAGCCACCAUGUCACCUUUCAGUGUUUCUUGAAGUUACAGACUCAAGAAAUACUUCCAGUGAUUGGAGUUGUUUUGUUAGUCAUCGUUUGUCAGUUGUGAACCAGAGAAUGGAGGAUAAAUCUGUCACCAAGGAAUCUCAGAACCGCUACUCCAAAGCUGCAAAGGAUUGGGGAUGGCGUGAAUUUGUGACCCUGACAAGUCUCUUCGAUCAAGAUUCAGGUUUUCUUGUCCAGGACACUGUCAUAUUUUCAGCUGAAGUUCUUAUAUUGAAAGAGACAUCAAUAAUGCAGGAUUUUGCUGAGCAUGAUUCCGAGCCAAGCAGCAGUGGCUCCUCUAUUGAUAGCCAUGGGAAAAGAAGCUCGUUUACAUGGAAAGUGGAGAAUUUCCUUUCCUUUAAGGAUAUAAUGGAAACUCGAAAAAUCUUUAGUAAAUUCUUUCAGGCUGGUGGAUGCGAGCUUCGCAUUGGUGUGUAUGAAUCAUUUGACACCAUAUGCAUAUAUUUGGAGAGUGACCAGGCUGUUGGUAGUGAUCCUGAUAAAAACUUCUGGGUCAGAUACAGAAUGGCUGUUGUGAAUCAAAAGAACCCGGCCAAGACUGUGUGGAAAGAAUCUUCUAUCUGCACAAAGACAUGGAAUAAUUCUGUUUUGCAAUUCAUGAAGGUGUCUGAUAUGUUAGAAGCUGAUGCUGGCUUUCUUGUCCGUGACACUGUUGUUUUUGUAUGUGAAAUAUUGGAUUGCUGCCCUUGGUUUGAGUUUUCAGAUUUAGAGGUUUUAGCUUCGGAGGAUGAUCAAGAUGCAUUGACAACUGAUCCUGAUGAACUGCUCGACUCUGAAGACAGUGAAGGGAUAAGUGGAGAUGAGGAAGAUAUAUUCAGAAAUCUUCUUUCUCGAGCUGGAUUUCAUUUAACAUAUGGAGAUAAUCCUUCACAGCCACAGGUUACUUUAAGAGAGAAACUUUUGAUGGAUGCUGGUGCUAUUGCUGGGUUUCUGACCGGACUACGGGUUUAUCUUGAUGAUCCUGCAAAAGUUAAGCGUUUACUUCUACCUACCAAGCUCUCUGGUAGUUGUGAUGGGAAGAAGACCACCAAGGCUGAUGAGUCUUCCCCGAGUUUAAUGAAUUUGCUGAUGGGAGUUAAAGUAUUACAGCAAGCAAUCGUUGAUUUACUAUUGGAUAUAAUGGUUGAGUGCUGCCAACCUUCUGAAGUGGGCCCUGUUUCUGAUUCUGUUGAUGCAUGCGCAAAACCUUCUCCUGACACUAAUGGAGCUGCUAGUCCUCUUGUCUGUGAUAGAGAAAAUAGAGUAGCGAAGUCUGCACAAACUCCUGUUCAUGAGAGAUUGGAUUCUACUGUGGAAGAAAGCAGUAGUACAUCUGCUGUUCAGAGCUCUGAUUUAAAUAGUAAUGGUAUUCAGGAAAAAGCUCUUCCUGGACAGCCCACUUGUCCGCCAGAAACAUCUGCUGCCAGUUCGGAAAAUGCGUCUUUCCGGUCAAAGACCAAGUGGCCAGAACAAUCUGAGGAGCUCUUAGGUUUGAUUGUAAACUCACUAAGAGCUUUAGAUGGGGCUGUUCCGCAAGGCUGUCCCGAGCCAAGACGGCGACCUCAGUCUGCACAGAAAAUUGCUCUUGUAUUGGACAAGGCUCCUAAGCAUUUGCAAGCGGACCUUGUUGCUCUGGUUCCCAAAUUGGUUGAGCAGUCGGAGCAUCCAGUUGCUGCAUGUGCACUUCUUGAGCGACUUCAAAAGCCAGAUGCAGAACCUGCAUUACGAAUACCUGUUUUUGGGGCUCUUAGUCAAUUGGAGUGUGGGAGCGAAGUGUGGGAGCGUAUUCUGUUUCAGUCAUUUGAACUUUUAACAGACUCAAAUGAAGAACCCCUCACUGCGACUAUAGAUUUUAUAUUCAAAGCGGCAUCUCAAUGUCAACACCUCUCUGAAGCAGUUAGGUCGGUUCGCGUCAGGCUAAAAAAUCUAGGCCUCGAGGUGUCACCUUGUGUCCUUGAUUUUUUGAGCAAGACUAUAAAUAGUUGGGGGGAUGUUGCUGAAACCAUACUUAGGGAUAUUGACUGUGAUGAUGAUUAUGGGGAUAGUUUCCCUGCUCUGCCAUGUGGGAUUUUUGUAUUUGGUGAACAUGGCUCUGCUCCUACUGGAGUGCAUGUGGUUGAUGAGCAGACUUUUCGUGCUAGUCGUCAUUUUUCUGAUAUUUAUAUACUGUUUGAGAUGUUAUCUAUUCCUUGUCUUGCUGUUGAAGCUUCUCAAACAUUCGAGAGAGCUGUAGCUCGAGGUGCAAUAGGUGCUCAGUCUGUAGCUCUGGUAUUGGAAAGUCGUCUUUCUCAAAGAUUGAACAAUAAUGCUAGAUUUAUUUCUGAAAACUUUCAACAUUCUGAUGGUGCGACGGAGGUAGAUGCUUGUGAGCAAUUGGGUGUUCAAAGGGAUGAUUUUACUUCAGUUCUUGGUCUUGCUGAAACGCUGGCCCUCUCCAGAGACCCAUGUGUGAAAGAAUUUGUGAAAUUGCUCUACAUGAUACUCUUCAGAUGGUAUGCUAAUGAAUCUUAUCGGGGGAGGAUGCUGAAGAGGCUUGUUGACCGUGCCACCAGCACUUCUGAUAAUGGUCGUGAAGUAGAUUUUGAUUUGGAUAUCUUGGUUACUUUGGUCUGCGAGGAGCAGGAGAUUAUUAGGCCUGUUUUGAGUAUGAUGCGUGAAGUUGCUGAACUUGCAAAUGUUGAUCGGGCUGCUCUAUGGCACCAGCUAUGCUCUAGUGAAGAUGAAAUUAUUCGCAUCCGUGAGGAAAGCAAAACUGAGAUUUCUAAUAUGGCUAAGGAAAAAGCUACUAUAUCACAAAAGCUGAGUGAAUCUGAGGCCACAAGCAAUCGUCUCAAGUCUGAAAUGAGAGCUGAGUUAGACCGGUUUUCUCGGGAGAAGAAGGAACUUACAGAACAAGUUCAAGAAAUUGAGAGUCAGCUUGAGUGGCUUCGCUCGGAGAGGGAUGAUGAAAAAGUAAAGCUCUCUGCUGAGAAGAAAGUUCUCCAAGACCGUUUACAUGAUGCAGAUACCCAACUUUCUCAAUUGAAGUCUCGGAAACGUGAUGAAUUAAAGAAAGUGGUGAAGGAGAAAAAUGCACUAGCUGAAAGAUUGAAGAAUGCUGAAGCUGCUCGGAAGAGAUUUGAUGAAGAAUUGAAAAGAUUUGCAACAGAGAACGUGACUCGGGAAGAAAUCCGUCAAUCACUUGAGGAUGAAGUUCGUAGAUUGACUCAAACAGUUGGACAAACUGAGGGAGAAAAACGGGAAAAGGAAGAGCAGAUUGCUAGGUGCGAAGCAUAUAUUGAUGGCAUGGAAUCGAAGUUGCAGGCGUGCCAGCAAUAUAUUCACACACUUGAGCACUCACUCCAGGAGGAAAUGUCUCGACAUGCCCCUCUAUAUGGUGCUGGUCUGGAAGCUCUAUCAAUGAAAGAGUUGGAAACAAUAUCACGAAUUCAUGAAGAAGGGCUAAGGCAGAUCCAUGCCCUUCAGCAGCGUAAAGGGAGUCCGGCUGGGAGUCCUCUUUUGACUCCCCAUGCUCACCCUCACAACCAUGGAUUAUAUCCGGCUGCGUCACCCCCAAUGGCUGUGGGGCUGCCUCCCUCAAUCAUCCCAAAUGGCGUUGGGAUCCAUAGCAACGGGCAUGUGAAUGGUGCUGUUGGCCCCUGGUUUAACCACCCUUGAGUUUUUAGGUCAUAGGUUGUUUAUUCUUUUUUGAGUUAAUUUCUUUGGCAUUUUGGCUGAUAGAACUGUUGGUGUUGGAGUAGGGUUAGAAGGGUCGGGUGAAAUUUUGCCUUACAAUGUUACCAGUGGGACUAUCAGUUGCAAAUGCCAUCCUCAUUUGCGCCUACUUUUUGAGGGUGAAAAGAAGUUACAGGCUUUUUUCUUUUCUUCUUUUUAAUGUUUCCACAGUUAUUAUAUCUUUACUUUUACAGUGUUACUACACAGUGUGGCCAAAGUGGUUGAAUCUAUUUUAUCCUGGGCCAGAAGUGAAGCGCUGUAAGAAAUCUUGAUUGAUUCUAGCUUUUAAUACGUAAUCAACAAAGAAAAUCCUUUGCCCUCA